GGACAUCAUAUUUUACUCUUGUAUUGAGCAUCAUUCUACAUCUAUGGUUUCAUUAAUAUUCAAAUAUCUUAUUGCAUGGAUGAUAUAUUUUUUUUGUGGGAUGAUCAUUUCUGAAACCAUGGUAAUGAUGUCUGCAGAGUGUUGUGCUGCAGCAUCCAGCAGGCCGGUCAAGCCGGGCACCUUGGGAGGAGCCAUGCCUGUGCUUCAUGUACCAGCAAUUAUUAAAGAUAGUAAAGGGAUUUCACAAACUACUCCCUCUUUUCUGGGAAAAAUCCACUCUAACAAGUAUCAAGCAGAAGAUUCAUUUCUAUGCAAUAGGGGAGUGUCAAUUUUGGGAUUCAAACUUCAUAUCAUCAAGGGUGUCAUCACUUUUCAUCUCAAAGACAAGCAUUACCACUGGGGCCAGAUGGGUGAUUGGCAACCAAGCAGGACAUCUACUGAUGAAAUACUUGUGCAUUUUUUUAUAUUGUGAAUUAUAUACCAAUGCCGUUCCACUUAAAUAUAAGAUUUUUAACUUU